UCCUGGGUUGGAAUAUUACUCCGCUGUGGCAAACGCUGUUACAACAUUUGGUGUUUUUAUGCAUCCCUAAAACCGCGAAAAGAUCAAUAUCGCGGCUUAGGUGCAGUAAAAAUGAUCAUUCAGACGUCAACAGACCGACACUAGCAUUAUUUCCGGUUUACAAUGCGGACUACGUGACAUGGCGGAUUGACAUCGAGGGCGCUGUUCGCGUUUUCCUUUUUGAGAAAGUGUUCAGAGUUUUGGAAAUAGAGGAGGAGGGUGAACCAUACUGAGCCGGGAUUGAAGGGUCUUGGGGCCAGCAUCACUUUUCAAAGUUUGUCUCGGUAAUUUCCUGGAGACUCCAACCCUCCAACUGGUCUGGUUUGUUUACAUUUUGUGGCCCAGGCGUGUAUGCGUUGUAUCAGCCAUUUACGAGACAACGCGCUCCAGCUCUUCUGGCAUGUGUUUCGAGACUCGGUUCAGUAAAUAGAAUGUUACCGAGUCGGGCUGGAUCGGCACCAUCUGGAAACGGGUCACCUUCAGGCAGAGGUAACACAGGACACGGGUCGGGGCUUGUCGGGAGCGGGAGCCGUCCCGUGUUGGUCAGAGCAGGGCUAGCUUUACCAGGGGUCAGCGAGAGUGCCGGUGCUACCGGGCGACAGGGGCAAAGAGACGCCGUCGGGAUGCUGGGGGCUAAUGGUCCAGGGGGUCCGAGAGGUGCCAGACCUGGGAACGGAACUGGGGUUACUCCUCUACAGACCGCCGUCCAGGGCAACAUGGUGGGGCUAAACGAGGGAGUUGUGUUGCCUCACGGAGCGAGGUUCAACCCGGACAGAGAAAGUGCUCCUAUAUGCAGCGGCUCGGACAAUGACUCUGACUCCGGAGAUGAUGAUGACCCAGUGGGUUCACUCGGGGACAGCAGGAGAGGGGUGAAGCGGGAGAGAGGGGAGAUGGAAGCUUCGGUGACGGGGCAGGACGUGGGAAUAUCUCCCGGAGGUUACGGCAUGGUACCCGGAGGGGUCGCCGGGGCUAAGCCAGGGAAGAAAACACGUGGGCGAGUAAAGAUAAAGAUGGAAUUUAUUGACAACAAGUUGAGACGGUACACUACUUUCAGCAAGAGGAAGACUGGUAUUAUGAAGAAGGCCUAUGAACUCUCCACGCUGACGGGAACCCAGGUUCUGCUGCUCGUGGCCAGUGAAACGGGUCACGUCUACACUUUUGCCACCCGCAAACUCCAACCCAUGAUUACAAGUGAAACGGGCAAAGCUCUGAUCCAAACAUGCCUCAACUCGCCGGACUCGCCGCCGCGCUCUGACCCCUCCACGGACCAGCGCAUGAGUGCCACGGGCUUUGAGGAGACAGACCUCACCUAUCAGGUGUCUGAGUCUGAGAGCAUGGGCGACAUAAAGGAUACACUGAAACCCACGUUCACGGUAGCUAGCCUACCAGGCAGCACCAGCAGCGCCCAGUGCACCGUACCCACCACCUCCACCACCAUGCAGGUGAGCAGCGGACCUUCGUUUCCCAUCACCAACUACCUGGCGCCCGUCUCGGCCAGCGGCAACAUCAGCGCCAACGGCACCGUCCUCAAGACCGCCGGCGCCUCAGGAGUCAUGCAGCUGCCCGGGGGCUUCACUUUCAUGCCUGCAGGCACUCCUCUCCCCCCCGGCACCCCCACCAUUCCUCUGAGCCAGCUGCAGCAGCACUCCCUGGCCCUGCAGGGGCAGCAUGGUCAGACCCUGGCUGCCGCCUCGCAGUCACAGCAGGGACAGCAGGCUGUCUUCCGCUUCCCUGCUGCUGUCUCCCUCACAGGAGCAGGGGUUCCCCAGCAGCUCCAGGCUAUCACGGUACACCACAGCACCCAGUCCACCUCCAACAGCGACAGCAGCCUUGACAUCUGCCACACGUCCACAAACUCCACCGCGACGGUGAGUCUCCCAGCAACCAUCGUCACCUCGUCAGUGCCAACGUCUGUUGCGGGUCACAUGAUGUACCCCAGCCCGCACACAGUGAUGUACGCCUCCACGCCGGGGAUGACUGACGGGGGGCUGGCUGUGCUCAACGCCUUCUCCCAGGGCACGUCGACCAUGCAGGUGUCCCACGCACAGGGCCAGGACUCCGGUGCCGUCCCUCAGGUGUUCCUCACAGCGCCUCAAGGCACGGUGCAGAUCCCCGUCUCUGCGGUGCAGCUACACCCAGUACGGCAAGAUCUGCAUUUUACAAAUGGUGAUUGGCCAGCAGUCGAGCGGCAGCAGCAGUAACCUGACGGAGCUCCAGGUGGUCAACCUAGACGCAGCACAGAACUCAAAGAGUGACUGACAGACGGCUGGAGCUGUUUGACAUGCAGACCCAGGGAGACAGACGGACUCACAUACAUCUCUAUUUAUUGAUGCCUUCCUACAGCGAUUCACAUUACACUUCUGAAUGUGACUUUAAAUGACAUAUAUACACACACGAUCAAGGGCAUAUGUGUGGAUGACCCUUAACAGUAUACAAUAUGUUUUGGUAUAUAAAUAUAUAUAUAUAUAUUCGCAAAUGCAUAGGAAAAAUAUCACGACAUCCUUCAUCGGAACCUAUUUUCUAUGCCGUUAGAUGGUGUUAUUUUAUUUUAUGUUUUUUGUGCGUGCGUGUUUUUGUUUGAAAAUGUGUAAUUAAAUGUACACACACACUGCGAGGUGCCACAGCUUCACACCAGCCAAAGAGACAUUUGUUUGUCUGAAUGUUCCAGUGUGAGCAACUUGUGCACAAACGCGUGUGUGUGUGCACGCGCAUAUCUGGGGUUUGUAAAUGGGCGGGAGACGCUUAUUGACUUAAAAGAGACAUUUGAAAAUGUACAGUUUUUUUUUUUUUUUAACAACUUGUAUUUUUAGCCUGGUUUAGUUUGUGCAACGGCAUGUAGUUGUUUUUUACGUAGUGGUUUUGUAUGUACAUAAAAAUGAUUUGCAUAAAGAAAUGAUUUACAUACGUAUAUGUAAAUGAAUUUAAUAUACCACCAUAUGUUGAUAUACUGUCAUGCUGUUGGGAGUUUUCACUACAAGAUGGAGAAGGAACGCUGGAUGUUUUUCUACAUAUUUUGAUUGGGACAGUUGUAGGAUCAAGUAUCUGGGUCGCAUCGUGUAAAACACAAGAUCUGAUUUACUGUUAACAUCUUUACUUUAGCUGGGAAGGUUUCAGUGCUGCCGACAUCGUUCAGCAUCAGUGUUGCAUGUGAGGAUCUGGUACUUUCUUAGUUUGGAACCUGAUGACUAAUCGGGUGGACGUUUCACUUAGCUCAACUUUUAUUAUUUACAUCUGUGUUAACACACAUUUAAAUACUAUUCUGUCAUUUUUAACUCUUACACAAAUAUAAGAUCCUUGAAGUGAGUAGAAUAGUUUGUUCACUUAUUUAUAAAUGCCAACAAACAGGUUGUCAGAUAAAAACAUGAACAUCUAAAAGAUGAUCCAUUGUCUCCACUUGAGUGCAGACCUUUAAUUAUGUGACCCUAUAUCUAAGGAAGCAUUUGCUUUGUCAGUCAGAGCAGUCUCAACGCUGUAGUAUUACAAUAGUGAUGAGGAGAAAUAUUUUUGUACAAACAAGGAUCUCUUAUGAAGGAAGUGACUUCAGGUGCUUAAAAAAAAUGUUAAUAUACUUCUUGGAAGUACUUUUGACCCUAGCUGACUGCAAUCUCAGCGCGUACCUCAGCAAUCAUUAAGAAUGAGUUAUUAGACUGAGAGCCUUCUUUCUGCGCCAUAGUGCCUCUUUUUCAUGGCUGGUUUCUAAAUCACUGCUAGGCAAGAGAAAUGUAGGAUUUACUUCUUUCCAGACCACCUCACAUGACUUUGGACUUUCAUACAAUCCUCUGCUGUGCCCAGAGAUUUUUUGACUCAUUUCUACAGAAUUAGCAGGAUGACUGAGCAUGCUGGCUUGAAGCCAAAGAGAAUUAGACAGACCCAUGAUGACUGCUGUUCAGUUAUUCACUGGCAGGAGAGGUCAUUUUCACGCUUGGCGUUCUCUCCUCUUGUACAUUGUCAUGUCAUCCUGCAGGCUUGUUUGUGAAGGAAAUUUACAGGUUAAAGACAUUCAAUCCCCUGAUAUUAUCUGGUGGUUUUUCAGAAAUAGUAUUUUAAAAGGCAAUUGUUGAAGAGAAUUUGUGGUUUUCACCUUGUCAUUAAGAAAAAUGGUUGUGUGUAUUUUUGUUUUGUUGUACAGACAUUUUGUAAUAAAAACAUGGUGAAACUAGGAACCGUUGAAAGAAUGACCACAAGGACUUUAUUUUUAUUGGGACGGAGCAUGUUAAACCAUAUUGUCCUGAAUGAAACCUUUUAUAUAACUGCAUUGUUGAAAUGAAGACCGCUAAAUAGGAAUAAAUGAGCCAAUGCCUCAGAGACCGCAUCACUUAGAAAAAAUAACUCAGCAAGGCAUUGGGAGGCGGCAGGAAGAGCGAGCAUGCACCUCUUAAUGUUUCAGUGAUGCACAACCACAGAACUCAGACUGGCCUAACUAAGAUGAAAGAAGAAGGAGACUUGUCCCAUUCACAAGAGACGAAAGCAGCAAUUAAAGAAAUGCAACAUGAUACAGUGAUCGGUCUCAGCUGACAAUGAAAUCAAUCACUUGGCAUCAGAUUAUGACUAUACAGAGUCCAUUACAUCAUUUACAAACCAAACAAAGGCGAUGCAACAAGAGAUUAGCAUAAUUAUAUCACAACAAACGGUAGUUAAGGAGAAACCCCUCACAUAUCCACAGUGAAGUAAGGCAUCAUGUCUCCCCGUCAGUGUCUUCAAACAAAGUGCUGACAGCUAAAACCAUCGUGAUGGCCAGAGAGCCUCUUUCAACAAUUAAAAAUAAUGUAUAAGCAUGCACUUACACCAGGUAGUAUAUGUCUAUUGCUAUUGUACACAUACAAUAUACAAAUAUACAUUACAAGUUGGAAAGAUAGUUGAUUAAGAAAUGUGCAUGAUUUGACAAGUAUAAGUUUAAAAAGUUUCCCAUUAAAAUAGAAAUGUUGCUCCUGAUACAUCUUCGAUUUUUUUGUUUUGGUUUAUGAAACAUUUUGAAAAAGAACAAAAAGCUUUUUGUUGUGUAUAUUUACAUUAUGAACAAGGAUGAGGAAAGACGAUGUGCAAAUGUGAUUCCAUGCAAGCAGUUGCAUAAUGUGGCUUAGGUGCUUGAGUGAUGGGAUAAAGGUGGGACCGGAAUAAAGAGAACAACAGACCAGCGACUCAUGGCUUCAAUGAAUGACACUGCAAUAAAUCACAACACUCACACUUCAACUCGUCGUAAAUCACGCGCACCUAUCACCGAAACAUUCACCCUGGAAACAUAACAACAACCAAAGUUACAUUAAGUAGCAUCUUGAGUUCGAUCACGUCAAAGUCUUAGGUAAUCAAUCACCAAUCUGUGAGGUGAGUUCUGAGUUAGCAACCGAGCAAUAUACAACUAAACAACCCGGUCCAACAAUACACGGCACCUCGCCAUUCAAGAUAAGGAUGGAAAGGUAAUACUGCCAGUAAACGCAACACAACACCUC